GAAAUUCGUGCACAACUUUAGAAAUUGUCAAGCAGCCCUACCUUACUCAUUCAGCGGUCUUCCUCUCCUCUCGCGUUCGGAAACAGCAGAUUCUCAACCACUGACUGACGAUGCGAGCGUAGACGGACAAUUGCCCAAUGCAAAGAACAGAAAAAAUGGAGGGUGGUUUUCAUCUGGUGAUGAAAGCUUUUUUGGGAUGUCACGAACACAACGCAUAUUCGCCUUUUUUCUAUCAUUACUGGGUGCACUCUUCUGUUUCUCAACGGUACGUAAAUGAAG